CGCGCGCGUCCGCGCGUCGUGUCGGAGAGCGCGCACCGCGAGCGAUCGACCCCGGCACCGCGAGCCGAGCACGAUGCCGACGGCCAUGAACCUCCUCAAGGAUGCGAAGUUCAAGGAGCUCGUCGCGGACUCGCACUACCUCAGCGGCAGCGGCGAGACGCACGAUUUCGAUCAUCACGAGGUGCUGCAGGAGUCCGAGGACCUCAUGCGCGCGCUCUUCUUCAGCAUCGUCCGCGAGACCACGGGGACGGAGUUCGACGACUCCCUCGAGGCCGUCUACGCGCUCAGCGAGCAGUUCCACAAGAGCAACGACCCGGCCGACUUCGCCGCGCUGACCACGAAGCUCGGUUCCCUCAGCGACGAGGAGACCGUCAUGCUCGCGAGCGCCUUCAGCAACGUCCUCAACCUGCACAACGUGAGCGAGCACGUCGCGGCGGCGAUGGAGGAGCGGCACGCGCGUCUCGACGACAUCCCGCGCGGGCCCGCGAAGACGACGAACGGCGCGAUCAAAGGGUUGAUCGCGAACGGGGUGAGCAAGGAAACCAUCUACGAGGCGCUCGCGGAGCAGGAGGUGGAUCUCGUGUUCACCGCGCAUCCGACGCAGGCGCUUCGACGAUCGAUGCUCAAAAAUUUCGCGCGGAUCCGCCAGUGCCUGCUCGACCUUCAAGCGCGCCGUCUCUCCGGGUACGAGCGCGCGGAGAUCCUCGCGUCCAUGUCCAGCGCGAUCCAGGCGGCGUGGAGGACGGACGAGAUCCGACGCAACCCGCCCAAGCCGCAAGACGAGAUGCGCGCGGGGCUGUCCUACUUCAACGACACCCUCUUCGAGGGCCUCCCCAAAUUCGUGCGUCGCAUCGACACCGCGCUGAUCAACCAAGGCUUACCGAGGAUUCCGCUGGACAAGAGCAUCAUGAAGUUUUCGUCGUGGAUGGGCGGCGACCGCGACGGCAACCCGAACGUGGACUCGCACUGCACGAAAGACGCGGUGUACCUCGCGCGAAGCAAAGCGGCGGAUUUAUACUUUGACGCUAUUCAAAACUUGAUCUUCUCGCUCUCCAUGUGGAGGUGCUCCGAGUCGUUCAAAGCGCGCGCGGCCGCGAGGCACGCGUUCGUGCUGUCGCAGCAGGACGACGGAGCGCUGUACGCGGAGCGGAAGCGCAGGAACUACGUCGAUUUCUGGCACGCGUUGCCGCUGUCCCAGCCGUAUCGCGUCGUGCUCUCGGAGGUGCGAGACCGGCUGUACAACACCAAGGAGGCCAUCAAGGACGUCAUCGCCGGCCGCGUCGACGCGCUCAACCCGGACGACGCCAGCAUCUUCACGAGCAAGGAGCAGCUCCUGGAGCCUCUCCUCGCGUGCUACAACUCCCUGAUCGACGUCGGGGAUAAGUCCGUCGCGGACGGGUACCUGCUCGACCUGAUCCGCCAGGUCAACUGCUUCGGUCUGUCGCUCGUGCGGCUCGAUAUCCGCCAAGAGAGCGACCGCCACGCGGACGCGAUGGACGCCAUCACGAAGCACAUCGGCUUGGGCUCGUACAACGAGUGGGAUGAAGAGAAGAAGUGCGCGUUCCUCGUCGCCGAGCUCGAAGGGAAGCGUCCGCUCGUCCCUCGCGACCUCGAGUGCACCGCGGAGGUGCAAGAGGUCAUCGACACCUUCCACAUGGCCGGGCACCUCCAGAGGGUCUGCCCCGGGUCGUUGGGGACGUACGUCAUCUCCAUGGCGACGGUCGCGUCCGACGUCCUCGCGGUCGUCUUGCUGCAGCGCGAGUGCGGCGGGCACGAGGACCGCUUACUCCGCGUCGCGCCGCUCUUCGAGCGUCUCGACGACUUGCGCGACGGCCCGGCGCAGCUCCGCCGCUUAUUCUCCGUGCCGUGGUACCACAAGCACAUCGACGGGUUCCAGGAGGUGAUGAUCGGGUACUCCGACUCCGGUAAGGACGCCGGAAGGAUGGCCGCCGCGUGGGCGCUGUACGAGGGGCAGGAGAACGCGACGCACGUCGGGAACGAGUUUGGCGUCAAGCUGACGUUGUUCCACGGGCGCGGCGGCACCGUCGGCCGCGGCGGCGGGCCGUCGCACCUCGCGAUCAUGUCCCAGCCCCCCGCGACGAUCAACGGGCGUCUGCGCGUCACCGUGCAGGGCGAGGUGAUCGAGCAGAACUUUGGCGAGCACGAGAACUGCUUCCACACGUUGGAUUUGUACACGGCGGCGACGUUGGAGCACUCGCUGAAGCCGCCGACGUCGCCGCAGACGGAGUGGCGUGACGUCAUGAACGUCAUGUCCGAGGAGUCGUGCGAGAAGUACCGCAAGGUUGUCUUCGAGACCCCGGAGUUCAUUCGGUAUUUCGCGCAGGCGACGCCCGCGCAGGAGCUCGGGUCGCUGAACAUCGGCAGCCGCCCGGCGAAGCGAAAGGCGAACCCCACGGUGACGGCGCUGCGCGCCAUUCCGUGGAUCUUCGCGUGGACGCAGUCGCGGUUCCACCUCCCCGUCUGGCUCGGCAUGGCGGAGGGGUUCCAGAAGCUGAAGGACGACGGCAAGCUCCCGAUGCUGCGCGCGAUGUACAAGGACUGGCCGUUCUUCCGCGUGACGAUGGAUCUCAUCGAGAUGGUCUUGGCCAAGGCGGAUUUCAACGUCGCCGAGUACUACGAAAAGGUGCUCGUCGAGCCCGGGUUGCACGCGUUCGGCGCGACGCUGCGCCAGCAGCUCGUGAACACGGUGAAGAUCGUCCUCGAGAUCACCGAGCACCCGGACCUCCUCACGCCGCAGAGCGACAGCAAAGGGCAGAGCUCGUCCACGUUCCUCGCGGAGAAGCUAUCGAUGCGUUCGACGUACAUCACGCCUUUGAACAUCAUCCAGGUUGAGAAUUUGAAGCGUCUUCGCGCGAUCGAAAGCGGGGAGGUAUCCGAGGAGUUCAUGGCGAAAUACGCGCCGUCGAUGCCGUGGAGCAAGGAGAUGCUGUCGCUGCACGGGAAGAAUAACUGGUACCACGCGACCGUGAGCGACACGCUCAUCAUCACGAUGAAGGGGAUCGCCGCGGGGAUGCAGAACACCGGGUGAGACGGCGGGAGUGGGGGGAUGAUUUUUUUCGUAUAAUUUUGGAGAUGACGAGAGCGACGGAUGACAGACAAAAGGGGUCGCGCGCGCGGAGGGGGGCGACGCCACGCCCACGCCACGCCGCCGUGGGUUGUACACUAGGUAAGUUUGUUAUGUGAAUGAAUUCAACGACUUCGACGU